GGUUGGGCGGUGCUUGCGCGCGUGAGCCGAGCCGGUGGGAGGACGGCGGCCGCGGCAGCCGGUGCUUCGGGCGUUGGGAGGUUAGGAGGAAAGGGCCAGUUGUCAUGGACCUGCGACAGUUUCUUAUGUGCCUGUCCCUGUGCACAGCCUUUGCCUUGAGCAAGCCCACAGAGAAGAAAGACCGUGUACAUCAUGAGCCUCAGCUCAGCGACAAGGUUCACGAUGAUGCUCAGAGCUUUGAUUACGACCAUGACGCCUUCUUGGGUGCGGAAGAGGCAAAGACCUUUGAUCAGCUGACACCAGAAGAGAGCAAGGAGAGGCUUGGAAUGAUUGUAGAUAAAAUAGACGCGGAUAAAGAUGGGUUUGUGACGGAGGGGGAGCUGAAAUCCUGGAUUAAGCACGCCCAGAAGAAAUACAUAUAUGACAAUGUUGAAAACCAAUGGCAGGAGUUUGAUAUGAAUCAAGACGGCUUAAUCUCCUGGGAUGAGUACAGAAACGUGACUUAUGGCACUUACCUGGAUGAUCCAGACCCUGAUGAUGGAUUUAACUAUAAACAGAUGAUGGUUAGAGAUGAGCGGAGGUUUAAAAUGGCAGACAAGGAUGGAGAUCUCAUUGCCACAAAGGAGGAAUUCACUGCUUUCCUGCAUCCUGAGGAGUAUGACUACAUGAAAGACAUAGUGGUGCAGGAAACAAUGGAAGAUAUAGAUAAGAAUGGUGAUGGUUUCAUUGAUCUAGAAGAGUAUAUUGGUGACAUGUAUAGCCACGAUGGAAAUGCUGACGAGCCAGAAUGGGUGAAGACGGAGCGAGAGCAGUUUGUUGAGUUUCGAGAUAAGAACCGUGAUGGAAAAAUGGACAAGGAAGAAACCAAAGACUGGAUCCUCCCCUCAGACUACGACCAUGCAGAGGCAGAAGCCAGACACCUCGUCUAUGAAUCAGACCAAAACAAGGAUGGCAAGCUGACCAAGGAGGAGAUAGUUGACAAGUAUGAUUUGUUUGUGGGCAGCCAAGCCACAGAUUUCGGGGAGGCCUUAGUACGACAUGAUGAGUUCUGAGCCGCAGACAGAGGAACCUGCGCUUCUUCAAAAGUAAUUUAUUUUUACAGCUUCUGGUUUCACAUGAAAUUGUUUGCGCUACUGAGACUGUUAGGACAAACUUUUCAAGACGUGCACAGGCGUCAUGAAACAAUGAAAACCAUCCCGUCCCAUUCCUCCUGUCUCCGAGGGACUGGAGGGGCCGUGCUCCUGCGGAACAGCUCUCACCAUGCACUUGUGUUUGUAGGCUGACGCUCUGUGCUGUGUGUAACAUGGUGUUUGUUUUGUAUUUGUUCUCUAGUUGGGAGUAUGAUCUGAAGGGUCACACGUGGAGGCAACCAUCAGCCUUCUUACUCUUUCUCAACCCCUUGUCUGCCAGUUUUUAUAAUCUCACUUAACUCAUUUUUUAAAGCCUAUGAUCAAUAAGAAAUGUUCAGGAGAGAGAAAAGGAAAAAGAUAUCCCCCCCCCAAAUUGUAUUUAGAAGGCAAACACUCUGCCUGUUAAAGUCCAUUUCCCAGGUGGUGGGGGCCACACGUUGCGCUCGGCUGCUGUGGGGCCAGCAGCAGACCCCGCCGUUACCUGGGCAAGGGGCAGGUCCUGGGCUGAGCGAGCUCAGCUGGACUUGCUUCUGUUCCCCUGCCCCCACCAGCACCAGCUGUUGGCUGAUUUUGUCAAGCACAGCACGGUGGGGAAGAGCUGGGGCCAGUGUCUUGAAAACCAAUCAUGUAGUGAGUGUGAUCUCUUUAUAGAGCUGUUUCCAGCUCGAAACAGCUAGAAAACUAAAGGAAAAAGACAAGUAUAUUCAGGGCAGGCGUUCUGUUCUGGCUGUGCAUCUGUUGAAACGCUCACGGCAUCAUUAUUUGCCUGUUGAAAUCACUGUCAGUGCCCCACAUGGUGCCUCCUCCCCAGGUGUGCCAAGGAAUUCAUCUUGGUUUCACUGUAGUUAGAAUUCACUCCUUUCCAAUCACGUCAACAGCAUCGAAAGUGCCUUUACUGAGAGAAUGAUCGCCGGGCAGGGACCUGCCUGACAACUCUGAGAAGACAUGAUGUGGACCGCCUUUUAUCAAAGCUUAGGACUUCCCAAAACAGGGAUUUUUUUUCCUUCCCUUUCUCUUUUGAACAGUAGUUACAUAAUAGCAGUAUUAGUUACAGGCUUGGCUGCAGUGUUCUGUUCUUGUGUGCUGGUUUCCAAAAACCAUGUGCUGCUGAGUUUACCAGGGAUCCUCUUACCUCACAACACAAACCACUUACUACCAAGCCUCUCUGUGUCUGCCGGAGAGCUGAGCUCAGGCUCAGAGGCGAGAGGACCUACCGAGAGAGGCCUCUUUGGUUUGAGGACCAUAGCGCGCCCUUCCUGCCUUUGACCGUCACCCCACUCCUCUUCUCCCCCGUCUCUGCCACCAACAGAAACAGAUUCAUCGUGGAUCGGCAGGUUGCCAGUCCUGCCGACCAAAGCGAGGGACGUUGUAGAAAGAGCUGAAGAAACCCCGUCUGUUCCCAACUCCACCUUCCCCAUAUUGUAUGUAACGUGAACUCUGUCCAUUUGGGUCCUUUUCUUACAGAUGGGCCUCUUGAGAAUUCUUGUAUUCCAAGUUUUUAGCCCUCAGGUUACUAAGAUAAAUAUAUGUAUAUAUAACCGUUAUCAUUUCCUGUAUUUUCUGGAUAAACACGUUUAGGUGAUGCUGGGUGAGUAUUAAUCUAAACCCAGGUCUCUCCUUUGGUCUUCCACAAUCACAUUGAGCUACUUGGUAUGGUAAAAAGCCAGGUGUGAUGUGACAUCACCCCAGCCUUGGCAUUGAGCUCUUGAUAAUGAAUACACUAAGUUUAACUCCAGUAUAGGGCAAUGGAACCCUCCACCCUCCAAGUUCUCCGUUUAUUAUAAAGACAACCAGAGAGUGAGUGACGCCACCGGCCCUGGCUUUGGGAGGGCGCGGUGUGAACCUUGUGGCGAGAGAGCCUUGCAACCCUCUCAGUGCAGGGAGCCCGGGCCUGAUGUGAAAAUCACACACUUAGAAAGCAAGCCUUAGUCUGCCAAAUGGCAGCUUCUGGGUGCGGGGCCUGGCAGCAAGCAGUGUACCCUGAUCUUUCUGAUCCGUUGGAUUCUUUUUUUGGUUUAAAUCAAGCCUGAGGCUGAUGAACAGUAGCCACACACCCACAUCCUGUGUUCUGUGAAUGCUAGCUCUCUUGAAUUUGGAUAUUGGUUAUUUUUUAUAGAGUGUAAACCAAGUUUUAUAUUCUAUAAUGCAAACAGGUACCUAUCUGUUUCUAAAUAAAACUGUUGACAUUCGU